CGCAACAUUACCAGAACGCGGUGUUUGGUGAAUAACCCCGAGGGGUGGCACGUAGGUUAAUAAUCAUUUACUUCCUUUUCUGCUUCCAGUUUUCCUUUUCAAUACUUAAAUGACGAAGUGGGAAUAAGAAGUGCCAAUUGGAAGUCAUAUUCCCGGCCUGCUGUGGGUGCUUAGCGUGGGAUUCGCUGCGCCAGUUUGGGCAGGGCUGUGCGUCAAGAUGGAGGCCGGGUGUCGGCUGCGGGAGUUCUGGACAGGACUGGUGCCGGCCUUUCCGGAUCCGGCCGCUCUGAUGGACGUGGCCGACCCAGACGAGAGGGCCCUCACCAUGCUCCUCAAGACGCUCUACGUCGUCUUCAAAGGGGUGCUGGAGGAGCGUCACCGGCUGAGCUGCGCCCCAAACGCGCCCUCCUCGCCCUCCCAGGUCCAGCCCAGCCAAGCGAGCGAAGCCCACUCCAGCCAGACCGUUACAGAGCUCGCCGACGUCACCUCCUCGCCGACGUCGCCAGCGUCGUCGCCGCUCUCCCCUCCGGCAGUUCUGGUACCCGAGACCGUGGACGCCUCGCCCCGGCGCACGUGGCAGCAGCCCGUGCCCGAGACAGCGCCGGCCGUGCUCUCCGGCGGCCGGCGCGGGGACUGGUCACGGGGCGCCGCGGACGAGACGUUCUUCGAGACGUCACCGGGGCGUCCGGGGGCCGAGUGGGUGGCCCGAGAGGCGACCGGUGGCGAGGCGGGCUGCCGCGGGCCGGAUAACUGCGCCCAACGUGUGCCGCAGAUAGGCCCGCCGCCGCUCUCCGCAGCCGGCGGUGGAGCGAGCAACCUAGCCACGCCGAAGAAAAGGAAGUACAUCAUCAUCAGUGCGAACGAUCCCUACCCGCCGCGAAGGUCGCGGAUAGCAGCGCCGGCUUCUCCGAGGAAGACGCCGGUGUCGACUCCACCCGCGUCUCCGGCACUGCUCGCGCCGCAGAAGAAACCGCGGCUCGACCCGAUGCGUGCGUCGACUUCAGCCGCCGUCGCCUCGAGCGCUGCGCAGCUCGUGCCACCUCUGGCAGGGGGAGCACUGUCGGCGGACUCCGCCGGGUCUGCACCCGUCCCGAAUGCUGAUCUGUCGCCUGCCGAGUCGCUGUUGAAGCUGGACGAGUUGAUGGACGAGCUGCACGAUCAGCCGGGGGCGCAGUGGAGCCAGGGAGAGGCCGAGGGCGAGCGCGGAGAGGGCGCGAACCAUAACCGGGACGGCCGGCUGCGUGCGGCGACGGCAGCCGCUGCGUUGAGACAAGGGGCCUCCUCGCCUCUUUCUCCAGGGGCGUCCUCGCCUUCCCCUCCGGGAGGCUCCUCGCCUCCUCCUCAGGGAGCCCCCUCGCCUAUUCCGGGAGCCUCCUCGCCUCCUGCUCCGGGAGUCUCCUCGCCUCCUCCUCAGGGAGCCUCCUCGCCUCUUCCGGGAGUCUCCUUGCCUCCUUUAACAGUGUCCUCGCCGCCCCCUCCGGGAGCCUCCUCGCCUCCUGCUCCGAGGGCCUCCUCGCCGCUACCGGCGGAAGGGGUAAGCUGUCAGCACGAGUCUGUCCGGAUGGCGGCACGUGGUGCCUCUUCCCAGCAGACCGGCGAGGCACUGAUACAGUCCCGGGGCGGCGCUGAGGUCCCGGCCCGGCCAGCUGAUCAGAAGUUACGUCAGUCGCAGGACGACACUGAGAUCACCAGCCCGGUGUUUGGUGACCAGCCGUCGGCCGGCCCGGCCUUCCGGUAUGACCAGGGCCCCGUCCGGCGCAAGGCCGACCGACAGAAGCUGCCCGGCUGGGCCUGCAACCUCUGCAAGGAGUGGUACGCGGACAGGGGGUUCUCCGAGUCCCAGCUGCGGGAGCACAUGAACCGGUGCAGCCGCCACCGACAACGGGAGCCGCCACCUCCGGACACGCCGCCAGGCUUCUGGGACCCACUAGCCUUCCCGUCCAUGGACACCACCCAGUUCGGCGUGGGCCUCCGCUCCCGGACACGCAGGAAGCUUUGA